AUGUUCACCGACCCGAACAAAGACACCGACACCAUCUGGUAUGAUGGGACGCCACCGUCGGUGCACGAAGCCACAGACAGACACCCUCGUCAGAGCGCCAGCUGCAGCCCGUACACCAAACACUGCGGGCCCACAAGCGAAGCCGAGACGUCCGUCAACGCUCGAGCGACACCUGCAGGGUCCGCGGCGCGGAGGAGCGCACACCUCGUCAGGCGACACCCCCAUCCCGGUGGCGAGGACAUCGACGGGCUCGUCAGCCCGAAGAUGCCCUGUCCUGAUGAGGACGGCAGCAAGCUCGUCAGCCCGCCGAACGCCCUCGUCCUAGUUUGA